GAUGGCUGACGAUGGGGAGAUUACGAUAGGAACUCCGCUCUCUUCAAAACGCUACGAACCCAGAAGUCCGGUAUCGUUUAUCGCUUCGCCGUUAUAUUUUCCGAAUGAAAUUACGCGUGUCCCUCUUCAACGCAUACGAUGCGGGAAACUUGACAUUAAAAGCGAGGAACGAUGGUUGGAAUACCAACCGCAAUCCAAACACUUGAGGUUCCUCCACAAAGACCGGAAACACCUAGACCACGAGCAGUGCACUCUCUUAGAUUGUCAAAAUAUCUCUGCGGCUGAUCUAAGAGUCAGUGCAAAGUUUGGCUACCUCGACCCAAUGAAGGGAACUCUUAUUGUUGAAUGUCAAAACCUCGUACAAGGUGACAGUCCUCACUGCGGUGCUGGGGUUGCGUCAUGUAGUUACGUCGUGGAGGCGACAUUCCACGUUAACUACACGGGCCAAGUGAGAGAUGUGCUUCGUUCUCUGCGGCAUGCAAAGCUACUGGAUUCUUCUGAUGGUGAAACGCCGUCAAGGGAAGGAGAGGGGGAAAGAGCUGCCAGGGUUUGCCGCGAGAGGAAGUUGAGGGAAGGUCUUCCUGAUUGGACACCGUAUAUUCCUCAUCGCGUCUACUCACCCGCUGUACGAGGGUUAAUCGAAUCAGUGAUCACGCUGUAUACAAUUUUUUCCAUCUUGUGGGCGUUGUGGCAACUCCACCGCCAUGUCGACUUCAUACGUGCUUACAUGCAGCCCAUUAUUGAUGCGUUAAAGUAUCAUGUGCAACUCAUGGACGAGUGCAUUCACUUUUUAAACGGUUUGUUUGAAGAGUUGACUGAGCAAUGGCUGGCCUAUGUCAAACCAGGAUAUGUUAUACUCUCUUCCUUUGCCUCUCCCCUGAUUGCAGUUGGACGCGAAAUGUGGUUUGCAGUUGUGAGCUUUUCAACUGCUUUUGCAGUGAUUUUUCGACCUCUUUAUCUCCUGUUCCAGCCAAUUUUAAACAUACUUCACAUGGUGUUUAUAAAGACUCCUUAUGCUGUCUUCCAGCCAAUGUUUUCUUUUGCAUCAAAAUGCUGGUCGUUGUUUUACAACACUGUGUUUUACCGUCUUGUUUUAACACAGAUAUCUAACAUUAAACAGGUAUUCAUUUGGUUGGUGGAAAUCCUUGAAAAGAGCAUGAAACUUGAUCCUUUUAAAGCGCAACUGGUAUUAAUGAGGUCCACCGUAAUAAACAGCGGUAAAGCUCUGAGUCUUGGUCUGGUUUUUAUAUUUAAGAGCAUUGAACGCAGAGUUUGGUUGAUGAUUGCAAGGCCUGUUGAGGACAAAGAUGACUAAUAGGGUGGCAGCAGUUUGUGGAAUGCCAUAAUUACUCCAUGCUCUAACAACAAAUUGCAUCUCAUGAAAUGACACUGUUGAUAUAUUUACUACCAUUAUUGGUGAAUUUGUCAAAACAUUGUUGUGUUGUAUCUUCCAUUGUUUUGAAAUUGGUAAAUGUUGAGUGUAUCAGUUUAUCCAAAAAUGAUGAGAGUUGAAAUUAAAAGUUGAUAUUUGACAAAUGUUAAUAUAAUAUUAUUGUAGGUGAUCAAAAGUUAUUUGUUAUUCACUCCAAAUAAAAUAUCGAGAGAAAUGUUCAAGCUUCUUACAAAUACAAAUUUUCAAAACAUACUCAGGUUUCAAGAAUAGUUCAGUUGAUUUAGUAAAACAUUCAACAUAACUUUCACAAAAUAACAUCUAUCAGCUAAAACACAAAUCUUGUAUAGAUGUGCUUUAGUAUCAAAAUUUAAUAGAGUACUAGUAGGCAGUUCUCAGGCUUAAUUUAUGGCUGGUAGAUCACAGAUGAUAUGAAAACAUAUCACUUUCCAUAUCAAUAUAUAAUAUAUGAUACAUUUAACAAAAAAAAUCACUGAUUCAGAACCCUUUAUUACUCCAAUGAGUGAUCAAGACAUAAUUUCUCCUUACAUUAGCAAUACAAUAUCAAUAAUAAUAAUAGUUUAAUAUUUGUAGUGCACAAAUUCCAUAUACAUGUGAUCAAAUGCGCAUGAAGCGGCUAAGUGAUGAGAAUCAAGAAAAAUAUAAACUGGCAGAUUAGUAGUUGAUCCAAUGCUUAAUUCUUCAAACUAAUAUCAUAAGAAUUAUGACGUGCUAAGGAGAAUUACUAUCGAGAUCUUGCUCUAGUGCCGCUGGUGUCAUUGUUACCUACAUCACACAUGCAGUGAUGCUAAAAUAUCACAAUACUAGCUAUAAUGUACUAUUAUCCAAAUGUGCUCUGUAGAGUACAAGUAAUGUGCAAGAAGAGUACAAAUACCACACAAUAUUUGUGCUCCAGAAAUAUCCACAAAAUUCACCUGCACUAAAGUAACAAUUUGGCAUGUUGGAUAAUACCCGGUAAAUCUCUUAUUAGACAUUUUGUUUUGUAGUAUCACUGAGU